UCUGACAGGCGAGUCAGAGUCACUUCAAUUUCAACACUAAUUUCUUUCGGCCAGUGCCAUCGGUCGCGGUAUUCCAUCUGAACUUCUUUAUUAAAGACUUCUCUAGCCCCCUACGGUCGUGUUGACGGACCAGAGUCCGCGACCAUUGUAUUUACUGCGAUCUGUCCGCAUUCCCCUGAAAAUAUGGUCGAAACGCACAGUUUCGGAGUCAACCCGAUUACCUGUCACGCCUGGAACCACGACCGUUCUAGGCUGGCAUUUUCCCCGAACAACAACGAAGUCCACGUAUAUCGUCGAGUGGAACUUGAGUGGCGCUUGGAGGAUGUGCUGAACCAACACGACCUGAGGGUCACUGGCAUUGACUGGGCCACCCGCACGAACAGGCUGGUUACCUGUGCGGUGGACAGGAAUGCGUAUGUGUGGACUCAGGGGGAUGAUGGGCGCUGGAGGCCCACCCUCGUCUUGCUUCGAAUCAAUCGUGCUGCAACUUGCGUGCGUUGGUCUCCGCUUGAGAACAAAUUUGCUGUGGGAAGUGGAGCUCGACUAAUCUCUAUUUGCUACUUUGAAUCUGAGAAUGACUGGUGGGUCUCAAAGCACAUUAAGAAACCCAUCCGGUCAACUGUGACGGCGCUUGACUGGCAUCCAAACAACGCAAUAAUCGUUGCUGGAUCGGCUGACUUCAAGGUCCGCCUCUUCUCCGCCCUGAUCAAAGACAUCGAAAAAGCGCCUGAGGCUAACGCUUGGGGUGGCCGCUCUUCCCUGGGUGCUCUGAUCGCUGAGUUCCCUGCUCCGGGAAACAGUCUGGGGGGCUGGGUGCACGCUGUUAGCUUUUCCGCUGACGGCAAUCGCGUGGCCUGGGUGUCGCACGACUCCUCGAUUUUCGUGGCCGACCCUAAGCGGCCGCCCACCAGGCUCAAGACGCAGUUCCUGCCUUACAGGGCAAUCACCUGGGUGGCGCCGGACAAGAUGGUGGCUGCAGGACACGACUGCUCCCCCUACCUUUACAAGGUAACCCCUGAUGGCCAACUCGUGAUGGUGUGCAAGUUGGAUGUGUACAAGAAGAGGGAGGCCGGAGGACUUAGUGCAAUGCGCAAGUUCCAAUCGCUGGACCGCAACGCUCGCAUCGAACCAGCUGACACCUCUUUGGACUCGGUGCACCAAAACGCGAUCACCAGCAUCUGCAUCCACAAAGGCACCAAAGAGGCGUGCGUCACCUUCAGCACCACCGGCCUUGAUGGACAGCUCGUCAUGUGGGAUGUGAACAACCUCGAGUCCGCAAUCCAGAAUUUGCGCCUCUAGUAAAGCUUUAUUAUUGUCUAUUAAGCACCGCUCAUUCCUUCUACUUCCUAAAAACUAACGGAUUUGUAUCUAAGGUUUUAUUAUAUAUUUAAUGUGAGUAUUGGAACGAAUAAAAAUUAUUUAAGAUUGCAGGAGUUUA